AUGUGGUCAACAAUCCUCGGCUCUUCAUUGCUUUUCGCGCAUCUCAUACGAGCCCGAGUCGGCGAACCAGAACCUGUUCUGUUGCCCACCGGCGACUGGACUGGUACCGAUGGCAACUGGUCGACGAUAUCCUUCUACCUUGGUUCAAACUCACAGCAUGUCGAUGUUCUGGUGAGCACGGCUCUUUCGGAAUUUUGGGCUGUUGGCCCUGGAGGAUGUUUACCCAAGGAACCUCAUUGCAGUGCUGCCCGAGGAGGUAUUUAUGAUUCUAAAGACUCCAGUGAUUGGACUUCAUUAGGCACUUGGCAGCUUGGCCUAAGCUAUCUUGGUUAUGGUGGUAAUGGCGACUACGGCCGUGAUCUCAUCAACGCGCAAAGUCUUCUAGGGAGCGAACCAUUCACUAUGAAUGACGUGCUAAUAGCGAGCAUCAACACGACCGACUACUUGCAUGGCCUCUUCGGCCUGGGUAUCACACAGGGAAAUUUCAACGGCACUGUAGCGGAUUCACCUCUAACUCAAGCAGUCAGCCAAUAUGGACUGAUUCCAAGUUACAGCUUCGGGUAUACGGCCGGAGCCCACUACAGAAACUCCCCUGCUUCAUUAACCUUGGGAGGUGUCGUGAAUGCUAGGUUUGAGCCACAUGAUAAUGUUUUCACACUCCCCCAAGACGACAAUAUGGAACGCCCUUUAGUCCGUGGUAUUGAAAUAGCCCCCGUCGGGGAUCAAGACGCACCUGAUUCCUGGGAUUCUGAACAACUUCUGCUUUCACAGUGGAACUCGUCUUUCUACGCCAUCAUUGAUAGUACUACCUCUUAUCUAUGGCUACCGGACGAAGUUUGCGACCAGUUUGCCCAAGCCCUCAACUUGACGUACAACAGUACCUUUAACCUUUAUACCAUCAGCAACGACCAAUAUCGCGAGUACUCUAAAGACGAAUCAUUCGAUCUUACCUUUGUUCUUUCUAGCUUCGACGAUAACGACAACUUUGGCGAUCCCUAUGAUGUAUCGGGCAUUGUGAAUAUUACUCUACCCCUGCGAGCAUUUGUGGGCUUGCUACAGUAUCCUUUUAUGCCAGACGAGAUCCAGUACGGCGACCCGGCCAUCCCUUACUUCAUGCUACGAAAGGCGCAAAACAGCACAACGUACAUACUGGGACGUUCAUUCUUGCAAGAGUCGUAUUUGAUCACGAAAUAUGACGAAGGCACUUUCUCAAUUCAUCAAGCUCUCUUCCCAAACGGACCAAUGACAGAUUAUAAACCAUCCGCCAUAGAGCAGUCCGAUAACAGUCCGUAUCCUCCACCGAAAGCACAAGAUUCUGGAAAGGGACUUUCAGGUGCACAGACUGUGGGAAUCGGAGUAGGGGUGGGACUGGGAACCUUUGUUAUUUGUGCAGUAGCUCUCAUCACAUGGCUGUAUUGUCGACGAAGGCGGAAGGGCACAGCUGUAAGCAACAACGAAUCAACAGAGGACCAACGCCAAUCUCUGGAAGACGCAGCCCGAUCACCCAAAUCUCCUUUGCUAUCAUUAUUUUCAAAAAUAUUUGGACGAAGGCAAUCAACUCAGCAAAGCCAAGGGGCCAAUGAUGACAAAGAAAAGGCUGUCGAAGCUCCCGAUACCCAGAUCCACGAGAUGUCGGCUCCGUUGCCACCAGCAGAACUUGAAGGAGAAGAUUGCAUGUCAUGGAACGAUGACACCGAGUUAGGGACCGACAACUCCCACAACCUGAGCGCAUACGAAAUAGCGAGACAGAAACUGGACAGACAACUUCAGGGUCCCGUUCCCUCAUACAGCCCACCCGCGAAUGAAGCAGAGAUACCCCCAGAGAAAGCGAUAUACCAACCGAACCCGGCGAACGGCCCACCGGCAUCACUGAAUUUAUCACCCUCUGCGUCACUGAAAGUGUCCCCAGAAGGAGGAUCUAACGGUAACUCCAUGGUCUUGCCGUCUCCUAUGACCCCAAUGUUCGACCCAAAUGGUCGCCCUACCAAUGCGGUGUCACCAUCAGUGGCUACUAUGCCUGUAUCGCCAACGACCGACAUCGUCUCGUUAUCAAACUCGCCACACUCUCCGCAUUCCGACCAUCACACCAUCGACUCCAUGACUAUGGGCUCAGACAGGGAAGGUCAACUAUCAUCGAAUCCCUCCAUGAACCUACCACAACAGCGAUUAGUGCAGAGAACACCAAUUGACCCGUCAAGAGUGGUGUUUCUGGGAGCACUGCCCUCGGAUGCUCGGUUUUCCCGCAAUGCUGUACCGCAAAGUACAUCUGACGAGGAUCGCCAAGCUGCCAGCGGCCUGUCACAUAGUAAUCACUCUUCCGAUUCUUUGGGAAGUAACUUUACUGUGGACGAGGAAGGGCGGGGCGAAGAAGAUCCGACAAGGCGUCUAGGUCUAGGCACGAACGGUUCUUCUAUAGGGGCUGCGAUUGUGAAUCCACAACAAGGGCAUUCGGCAGACCAGCCUGACACUCUACGUGGUUCGGGACGUAUUAACCCGGGUGAGGAUUUGGUUCAUGUGCCACAGCUGGCCGAGAGACGAUAUAGCUGGGAGUGA